AUGCAUCCAAUCUGUUCUGCCUUUGCUUCUCUUCUUACUAGUAACCCUGAGCCCAAAACCUUUAAAAAGGAUGCUAAGAAUCCAAAAUGGUUGGUUUCUAUGAAGGAAGAGAAAAAUCCUUUUUAUAAUAUUAGAACAUGGGAUUUGGUCAAGCCUACACCUGAUAUGAAUAUUUUGGGUUAUAAAUGGGUAUAUAGAGUUAAGCUAAAGGCAGAUGGAACUGUGGAUAGAUUUAAGUCUAGGCUAGUUGCAAAGGGGUAUAAUCAGCUAGAUGGUAUAGAUUAUACAGAGACAUUCAGUCAUGUCGGGAUUGUUUUUACAUUAGCUGUCACCUACAAUUGA